CUGAGGCUUGAAGAUGAUGAAGGACGAGACCCGAGUCGCCUCGCGUUUUCUCAGAAGGAUCUCGACGUGUGAAGAAGAGACGCAGAAAAGGAACCACACCAGACUCCGCUCGCCUGGGAGGCGGGUCUCGUUCUGGUAACCAUGGGCGACGGCCAUCGAGUGAUUCGAAAUGGUGACUGCGAGGCUGCACGGCAGGGGGGCGACAUCACCUUCAGUGCGAAUGUGGGCCCCGCCCCCGGCCUGCGGCGGAAGCAGCUGCUCUGGCAGAACGCUGUCAGAAACAUCAUUGACCAGCACAACCUGUCGCUGCGCCUCGCUGGCGGCCUUGAGAGGGGGCGCCACCGCAUCACCGUCACAGACGCCUACAUCGCCGACAUCAACAGGCAGAUCCGGAACAGGGCGUCUCACGGUGCCUUUUGGCAGAAGCGCCGCUCGUCGGCGGCGCGGGUCCACCCGACGACGCCCAGGAUCUCAGCAGCAACUCAGUUCAAGUACGACCCGCUGAGCGACGCCGACGUCUUCGUGUCGUACGGGUCGACGGUGCGAGGCGUCUUCAUUCCCACGCUGCAGCACACCUUCAAGUCGGCUGACCUGGAGCAGCUCUAUCUGCAGUUCUCUGCGGCUCAGAGACGAACCUCGCUGGUCGUCACCAACGCCAUCGACAUUCUGACCCGUAUCCUCGUCUCGCUGCUCGCCUGGCCGCCCGGGUGGGGGGGCGUGGCCACCGAUUGGCUGGCGGGCUUGUCGGUGGCGCUGUGGGCGGUGGUCUGCGUGCUGACCCUGGCCAGGUGGGAAGUGAUGUCCUCGCCACGAUGGCUACGUCACCUGUCGUUGGUCAGCUGGGCGUCUCAGACGGUGCAGGUGCUGGUGGGCGUGUUCAGCUGGGCGGAGACGGACCACUCCUGGUACGUCUCCUUCUCCCUUUUCUCCACCUACACCCUGCUACCCCUCCCUCUCCUCUGGUCCAUCAUCGCCGGAACAACCACCUCCACCCUCCACCUGCUGGUGGACACCUGCUGUCACUAUGGCGACCAGACCUUCAUCCGGAAGGUACUGUCGAAGGCCUUUCUGUAUCUGGCCAUGAACACCGCUGGUCUCUUCAUCCACUACCUGUCUGACCGGACUCAGAGGCAGGCCUUCCUGGAGACCCGGCGCUGCAUCGAAGGCCGGGUCCGACUGGAACGUGAGAACCACCGACAGGAGCGUCUGGUGAUGUCCAUCCUGCCUCGGUUUCUGGUGCUGGAGAUGAUCAGCGACAUGGCCACCAUGGACGAGUACCUGCUGCCUCAGCAGCUUCACAAGAUCUACAUCCACCACUACAAAGACGUCAGUAUCCUGUUCGCAGACAUCAUCGGCUUCACGUCGCUCUCGCUCCUCCUUUCUGCUCAUGAACUGGUCAAGAUGCUCAAUGAGCUCUUCGGGCGCUUCGACAGACUGGCGGAGGAGCAUCAGUGUCUGCGCAUUAAGAUCCUGGGAGACUGUUACUACUGCGUGUCCGGCGUGCCGGAGCCUCAGCGCGGUCACGCUCGCUGCUGCGUGGAGAUGGGCCUCAGCAUGAUCAACACCAUCCGGUACGUGCGUCGUGAACUGCAGCAGGAAGUGGACAUGCGGAUCGGCGUGCACUCGGGCUCGGUGCUGUGCGGCGUGCUCGGCCUGCAGAAAUGGCAGUUUGACAUCUGGAGCUGGGACGUGGAUGUGGCCAACAGCCUGGAGGCAGCAGGAGUACCCGGGCAGAUCCACAUCUCUCGGGCGACCCUGGACUGCCUGGGCGGGAUCUUUGAGGUGGAGACGGGGCACGGCCGCGAGCGCAACGAGUUCCUACGGAAACACGAUGUCGACACGUUCCUGAUACGGCCGGCGCCCCGGGAGGAGUCCGAGCCGCCGAGGGCGCGGCGUCCGAGCUACGACGAGAUGACCACCUGGAGUGCCGAGCUGCCCUUCGGAGACAUCCUGGGGAUGAACUUUAUCCUCGCCACUUUCACCAACGGCUCCCUGACCCAGCUGCCCAACCAGAUUGCAGCACAGCGGUCGGGGUCACGGGAGGUCAACAAGAGGAUCCGUCAGGCAAUGGAGGUGCGGAGCAGCGAGCGAAUGAGGAAGGAGCACAUCACCACCUUCACUCAGGUGUUCAAGGACUCGCACAUGGAGGGCAAGUAUUCACAGAUGAGAGAUGAACUCUUCAAGUCCAACAUGAUCUGUUCCUUCAUCCUGGUGCUCCUGCUCAUGGCCGUCCAGGUGAUAAUCCCCGCCCCCAGGCUGUGCCCGAUGGCGGCCCUCUUCCUGGUCAGUGGCUUGGUGUACUUCCUGCUCCUGCUGCUCACGUUGGGGGAGGAGUUUAAGAGUUGCCCCGCCCCCCUGCAGUCACUUUGCUGCUGGGUUCAUGAAACCAAGUGUGCCCGCACGGUGCUCAUGCUCACCGCCAUCACAGUCAACUUCGGCGUGGCGUCGGCCGACAUCCUGUGGUGUGAUUCGUCGGACAGCCCUGACUCCUCUUCGGCUCCGCCCCCAUCUGCCUGGCUGGAUGUGAACAUCUGCAAUCAUCCUGAGUACAUGAUGCUGAGCGGCGUGGUCGCCAUGGUAACCUGCGCGGUGUUCCUGCGGCUGAGCUGUGUGCUGCAGCUGGGCAUCCUCCUGGUGGCCGCCGCCGCCUACAGCUACAUCAUCGAGACGCACAGGUCUCAUCACCUGUGCCGGCGCGGCGUGUGCGUGGUGCUCAUGCUGAUGUUCAUGAUGGCCGUCCUCUACAACAGCCGACAGCUGGAGGCCACGGCGCGGCUGGACUUCCUGUGGCGCCUGCAGGCCAGGAAGGAGGUGGAGGACAUGAAGGAGCUGCAGGAGCACAACGAGUGUCUCCUGCUCAACAUCCUGCCGGCGCACGUCGCUCAGCACUUCCUGCAGAGAGACGCCAACAACGAGGACCUGUACUCGGAGUCGUACGAGCGUGUCGGCGUCCUCUUCGCAUCACUUCCUGGUUUCUCUGAUUUCUACGAGCAGAAAGAGCUGGUCGAUCAACACGUGGAGUGUCUGCGACUCCUCAACCACAUCAUCAGCGACUUCGACCAGCUGUUGGAGGAGUGUUACUUUGAGGAGGUGGAGAAGAUUAAGACCAUCGGGAGCUGCUACAUGGCGGCUUCAGGCCUCUCACCUGACCGACAGGAGUGUGAGGAUGGCUGGCACCACCUCAGUGAGCUGGUCCUCUUCGCUCUCGCCAUGAUGGAAUCUCUGAAUCACAUCAACACACAGACCAACAGCAACUUCCAGCUGAGAGUCGGAAUCGCUCACGGUCCGGUCAUCGCUGGCGUCAUCGGCGCCACGAAACCUCAGUACGACAUCUGGGGGAUGACGGUGAACAUGGCGAGCCGCAUGGAGAGCACCGGAGUGAGCGGGCGCAUCCAGGUCCCAGAAUCCACCAGCUCCAUCCUGGUGGAGCACGGCUUCCUACGGCAGCUCAGAGGGAACAUUCUCAUCAAAGGCUUCAGCGAGCGUCACGGCCCGGUUUGCACCUUCUUCAUGAGCAGCCGAGAGGAGCGCUGGAGCGUGCUGGAGCGCGCCGGCGGGCGGGGCUUGACUCUGAACAGGAACACGCUGGGCGCCGUGGUCUACAGUCUGGUCCAGGCCCGGAAGAGGGAGCGGCUGAGGGAGGAGAACGGAGGCUUCCACCUGGUGCAGGCCUCCUAG